AUGUCGCUCUGGAGUCCUGAUACUGAAUAUGAUGAUGAUAAUGAUGAUGAUAUUGAAGAAGAAGAUGAUGAUGAUGAUAUGAUCUGGAAAGUUAAGGAGGCUAGUUUGCAGAGGAAUUAUUAUUUAGGCAAAUACAAUGUGUGGAAGACAAAGAUAUCAGAUCAGUUCUCCACACUGACUGAUGACGAGGUGUCCGUGUUAUAUUGUUUCCUGUGUUCUGAUUUUGGUCCUCCUGACUUCACUGACACAGAGUGGCUGGACUUGCUUAAUGUUUUACGACAGAUAGUGUAUGGUAAAGAGAAUCCUGUAACAAGUGAGGAAGCACAGCAGACUCUGGACAGACUGAAGUCACGUGAUUACUUUUGGGAAGAUCAGGACAAGAUAACGGAGGACACAAAGGAUGAGACAAUGUAUAGAAUAGCAUCAAUAAACAGUGAUAUACCAUUCCUUUACAGUAGUUAUGACACAGCCAGUGUGUACCUGAGAUCAGAGGGAUACAACAGAAAACCUGGUGAGAAGUGUGUCAUUAGUCUUGUUUGGGAUAACUUACUCAUAUUUCGUCUACAGAUGAACAUACUGACUCACGUCACCAUGGAGGACACGGCUUUAUGUGACAAGAUAUACCAAAUACUUACUCACUUGUAUACUUGGGUAUAA